AUGGCUCCCACCAAGCGCCCCCGCGAAGAAGAUAAUUCAUCACGCUCAACGACCAAAAAACCUCGCCACGGCUUCAAAGUUGGCCCCGACAAUUUGCCCGAUGGAACUUGGCGUCGAAAGGUCAUUGCCAUUAAGAAGGACUUGAUUCAUAAGGCGAAAGUCAAGAAGUCGUAUGCAAAAAUAAAGGCGAGGGAACCUUUGAAGGACGAGAGGAAAAUAUAUGCCGAUGAUGAGGAUAAGGAGGACGAGGUAGCAAAAAAUGAGGAAGGGGAGGAUGCUAUCGAAGGAGAAGAACCAGCGGAGCUCCAUCCCCAGAGAAAAGCUAUGCUUGAUGAACCUGAAGCCGCCACCAAAACCGUUCCACGUUACUCGAAUAAUUCUGCAGAUGCAAAGGACAAGAAGAGGGAAAGGGGUGAAAAGAGAGGAGCAAAGCCGGCAUAUUUUGCAAAAGAAUUAGCGUUUGCUGAGAAGCAAAAGGCAGAACAGCAAGCUCGAAGAGAAGAGUUUGAGAGGAAAGAAAGGGAGAAAAAGGCUAAAAUUGAGGAGCGGGAGAGAUUCAGGCGGCAGAUGGCAAAGGCUAGAAGUGGAGGAAAGAAUGGGCAAAGAAAAUUAGGAAGGGAGAGUCAGGUUUUAUUGGAGAAGGUCAAGAGGGUUGUGGGUAAUUGA